AUGAUUGGGGCCAAAGAGUUAUGUGUGUUUAUGCAUAUUAUUGGAGCGGCGUUAGUGCUGCAAUUGUGCUUUCGUGCUCUCCAAGAGAUCGCCGUACGGGCCCUGGCGCGCUCAAGUAGCGCCCGUAAUGGGGGCUAUGUACAUAUCGAAAAGUAUGCGAGAUCCAAGAUACAGCCGGCCAAGCGUAUCUGGGUCUUGUUAACAUGCAUGGGCUGUGGUUCUUUGAUCGCCAUAUUGCGGGUUGCUAUUGCUGCCAAUAAUAGGUUCGCCCUUGAACAUUGGCUGCAGCUUAUGAUCUGGAUUGUCAUGCUGAUGCAUCAUACUACUCUUGUAACAGAGUCGGCAUGCACCUCGAGAUAUUUGAUCGGAUUGAGAGGAUGUCUCAGCUGCUUCGUGGUAGCACUGCUCUCGUUGGUUGAGCGAUACACGGAUGAGGAACUAGAGAAAUCAACCGAGGCGCUGCUUGUGCUCGCUCGGAUGAACGAAGGCAUCGUGGGGAUAUCAGUCUUGAUCAUUCUGUCAUUGCCGCGACGAUCCCGUAUAUUCCGGGACGGGAAGGCAAUUGAUGGUGAAGGCUCAUCCUCCGUCUUAGGUCGUCUUUCUUUCCACUGGGUGAGCGAAUUGGUCAAAUUGGCCGAAGCCCGUCGUCGGGUGACCUUGGAUGACCUACCGCAGCUCGAUGAACGGAUACGAGCAAGGGCUCUACAGGAAGAAUUUGCCCAAGCCGCGUCCAAAGGUACUUCACCUCUCUACGAUGAACAACACUUGUUGAAGAUAUUGCUCGUUUCUCAUGGCAAGGCCCUGCGUAACCAAAUCAUUCUUUCUGUGCCGCUGGCCGUGGUAGCGUUCAUGCCGCAUUUAGCACUGUGGAUGAUACUACAAUUGCUUGAGGCACAGUCUGCGAGGAGCACAGAUGCUGCAUCGUUGGUCUGGUGGGCGUUGGUCUGUGGCCUCACAAUUGGUCUCUCCGCGUGGCUCGAGAACUGGCUGCUGUGGCUCGCCAUGAAUAAGAUCUCGGUCCCAGUGACGCAGCAACUGACGGCGAUUCUUUACGACAAAAUCAUCGGUCGAUCUCACCUGGGUGGGGAGCUCAACGAGCAAAACCUCACAAACUUGAUCGCCCUGGAUACGCAGCGCAUUGCGACCGUGGCAGGUUUUCUCUAUUCUAACAUCCUACAGGCAAUGAAGUUAACCGUCUCCGGUACCCUGCUCGCAUACUUGCUGGGAUGGCAAAGUUUGCUGGGAGGAUUGUCCACCCUAGUGAUCAUUAUGCCAUUACAUCGUAUCCUUUUAGAGAGGUACGGUGCAGCGGAGCGCACACUGACUGUUCUGCGGGAUAGCAAAAUGACUGCACUGACAGAGGCGUUGCAUUGUAUCCGGCAGGUCAAGAUCGCGGCGCUGGAACAGAGGUGGGAGGAGAAGAUCAAUGAGCUUCUUGAUCGUGGGCUGCAGGCACACCGCGCUGCUUUCCACUGGUAUCUGAUGAGUUUGGCGUGUCAUUUGGUAGGCCCUGUUCUGGUCUCGGCAACGGCGAUAGGGAUAUACACGUGGAUACAUGGGAGUCUAACGCCCUCUGUGGCGUUUCCUGCCCUGUCCUUAUUGGGAUACGUUCAGUUCAUCCUAGGCCUCAUUCCUGACCUGUGGUCUGGGAUCAUCGGCGCCAAGAUCAGCUUACGGCGGGUGGCUAGGUUUCUUCAGACUGAGACAGUGCCAUCCAUCAUAUUCCCAGGGGACUGUAUAGAGUUUCAAAAUGCCACCGUAUGUUAUGAAAGCGUUGAAGGAGCCCAGUGCUCAGGGAGCUUGCGCGACGUAACAGUCCGCUUCCCACCGAAGGAGCUAAGCAUUGUGACUGGCGCCACAGGGGUGGGGAAGAGCCUGCUCCUACGAGCGAUUCUGGGCGAAUGCCAGAUUCAGUCUGGGAUGCUGAGACGUCCGAUGCCCGCAUCGUACGAUGAGAUCUACGCAGAAUCAGCAACCACACAGCCUAGGUGGGUGGUUGACAACGCCGUCGCAUUUAUUCCCCAGGUUCCCUGGCAUGAAGCCGCCACAGUACGAGAUAAUAUUCUUUUUGGCCUAUCUUUCGAGCCGGAAAGAUACCGAUCUGUAUUACAUGCCUGCGCAUUGACCAAGGAUCUUGAGCACCUUGAGCACGGUGAUCUGACGGACAUCGGCCCCAAUGGGUGUAAGCUCAGUGGAGGACAGAGAACGCGUAUCGCCCUUGCUCGAGCCUUGUAUUCACGAGCUGGAAUCCUGCUUCUCGAUGACAUUUUCAGUGCGGUCGAUGUUCACACAGCGCGGCAUCUCUUUAACCACGCUUUAACAGGCGAACUCGCCCAAGGCCGAACACGAAUUUUGGUCACGCACCAUGUUCAGCUCUGUCUCCCUAAAGCCAAAUAUAUGGUCUCUCUUGACAAUGGGACAGUGGCUUUCGCGGGUAUUCCAUCAUAUCUACUGGGUCAGAGCCCUGAUGAGAAUAAAGACCCACCGGGUAAUGCACACAACCCUGAGAUACAUACGCUGGAAUCGAGACCAGAACCACGUUCAAAUAACAUAUUAAUUUCGGGAGAUGCUCCCACAGAGAAAGUAAGGAGCACGUUCGUAGAGGAUGACUGCGCACGACAGAAUCCAGUCCGACAGAACCGUUUACGACACUACAUCCAAACCAGCGGUGGGUGGAAGUCAUGGUCUGUAGUGAUUGGAUGCUAUCUUACCUACAAUGGUCUUCUAUUAGCCUUGUACUCCUGGGUCCGCCUGUGGACCGAAAGCGCAUCUUCGAGAACACCAGACCAUCGGAGGAUGGGAUACUACACGCUUGGCUAUGUCAUCAUUGCAUGCACCGCAUGUGUAGUGGGCUCAUUGCGAUCCUACGUCGUGUUUGGUGCGUCCCUCCAAGCAGCAAGGGAGCUAUUUCACCAAACAAUUCAUGCCCUCCUACGAGCACCACUUCAGUGGGUAGAGUCUGUACCUACAGGCAACCUGCUGAACCUGUUCGCGUCAGACUUUUAUCUAAUUGACUCGCGGCUGGGGUUCGAUCUAAUAGGGCUAUUUAGCGCGGCCAUGGACUGCGUAGGCGUGAUAAUGGGUGCGGUGAUGGUUUGUCCGACGCUGACAGUGAUAGCUGCGGUCCUUCUUUGCUCCGUCAUCUGGUAUACUAAGCGAUACGUCAUUACUGUCUGUGAGAUUAAACAGCUCGAGGCAACCUCCAGGGGUACAGUUUCUGAGCAUUUCAAUAUGUCCUCGCAAGGGCUCAGCACAAUCCACGCAUUCUGCCGGACGAAAGACUAUACCAGCCGUAUGCAUGAAAAGAUUGACCAGCAGGCAACGACUUCUUGGUAUUUGUAUCUGCUCAACCGGUGGCUGACGUUUCGCAUCAAUGCUCUGGGCACGAUCUUCUCAUUAUUUACGCUUUUCUUCGUCGUCACUAGCCCCUCCAUGACGGGCUCGUUCGCCGGUUUUGCCUUGGUUUUUACCAACCAUCUCUGCCAUGCACUAGUCAUGCUGAGUCGAACGUACGCAACCGCAGAGAUGGAUUUCAGUGCAGUGGAAAGAGUCAUGGAGUAUAUUGAAGUACCAACAGAAAAUAGUGGCGGUGCAGAUGCUCCCGAUGGGUGGCCUACGGAGGGAAAACUAUCUGUCACGAACCUGACCGUGGCUUACGCCCCGGAGCUUUCUCCGGUCCUUUACGAUAUCAGCUUUGACGUGGAACCAGGACAGCGCAUUGCAGUCGUUGGACGGACCGGAGCAGGUAAAUCUUCGCUUGCGCUGGCAAUGUUUCGUUGUCUGGAGGCCAGCGAGGGAGCAAUUUGGAUUGAUGGGAUUGAUAUAAGCACCAUCAACUUGCACCAUCUGCGCAGAAGACUCGCGAUGAUUCCACAAAAUCCAGUGCUUUUCAAGGGCACUGUCCGAUCUAACUUGGACCCAUUUUUCGAGUACUCCGAUGAGUCGCUGAUUCAAGCGCUUAAGCGAGUCUCAUGGGAAAGUCCCGAAGCGCUUCAUGCAUCUGUAUCGGACGGGGGAUCUAAUCUCUCUUGUGGAGAACGCCAGAUCCUUUGUCUUGCGAGGGCGAUGCUGUCAGGCCCAGCUGUACUAGUUAUGGAUGAAGCAACCUCUGCCGUGGAUCACGGCACAGAUCAGUUGAUCCAGCGCUCUAUUCGCUCUGAAAUGGGAGGGAAAGCCCCUACACUCCUUGUGAUCGCUCAUCGUCUCCAAACUAUCGCAGAUUUCGACCGUGUCCUUGUCUUAGAUCAAGGAAGGGUAGUGGAAUUCGGGUCUCCCCAGAACUUGAUGCAGGUGCCUGACGGGGUGUUCCGACAGCUAGUGGACCAUGACACGGAUAAACAAAAGCUUUAUUCGCAGAUGCAUAUUGACAACGGCCACAUAUGGCAUUGA